AUUGCUAAUUGCACAAGUUAAUUACAUUUUUUCUCCACGUCUAAUUAAACAAUAAGUAUCAAAUAAACUGCUAUCAACGGACAGGAUAUUUUUCCUCACUGAGGAUGUUUGUUGGUAGAGAAUUGUUGACAGACGGACGCUGUUUUCUAUUUGGGUAUAGUCAUAGUUUACACUUUACAGAAUACUAACCUAACCAUGGUUAAUUAACUCUGACAUCAGGACGCACUAUUGUUGGAGCAUUUCUGUGCUCUCUUAUAAAUAUCCCUCUCUCAGCCGAUUUUCCGUCCCCUCAAUAUCGCCUACGAUUUUCCUAGGUCUCUCUGUUUCUCACUGCUCCACAUUUACAUACAUAACUUUAUAUAUUUAUUUUUAUAUAAAUUAUUAUUUAUCACAGCGAGAGAACGGAAGGGAGAGAUCAUCGGAGGUGAGAGAAUCGUUUGUGGCUCUACUUGUUGGUGUUCAACUCAUUUCAUUGUCAUCGAAACGACGUCGUUAGAGGUAAUUCGAGAUUGAAGCUUGAUAUGGCUGCUACUGCAACUGCAUCUUCUGCUGGUCCGCGUUACGCACCAGAGGACCCCACCCUCCCAAAACCUUGGAAAGGCCUGGUUGAUGGUAAGACUGGAUACCUCUAUUUUUGGAAUCCAGAGACCAAUGUUACCCAAUAUGAGAGGCCUGUUGCUCCUUCCCAUGGGGGUACUGCUCCACAACAUAAAUCAUCGGUAUCUGUAAGUUCAUCAGUUCAAAGGCCUUCUCAAGGUCAACCUCCUGACCGUGAUGAUGACAAUGAAUACAACAGAGGUAGCAAUGGUGGCUGGAGCAAGCUUUCUUCUGGUGAGGAUAUUAAGACUGCAAGAGGAAGUGAGCUUUCCCGCGAUGAAACAUCUGUACCUAAAAGCAAUAGUGCUCCAGCUGCUGCUAGUAACAUAUCUCCNUACUGUCUAUAUGGAGGCGCCCCAAAAGGCCCUCAGCUACGAGAUCUGGAUAGGGGAGUAGAUAUUGUUGUCGCUACCCCUGGUCGUUUGAAUGAUAUUUUGGAGAUGAGAAGAAUUAGGCUGGAUCAAAUUUCUUACUUGGUGUUAGAUGAAGCGGAUCGUAUGCUGGACAUGGGAUUUGAACCUCAGAUAAGGAAGAUUGUAAAAGAGGUGCCAACACGACGGCAGACACUGAUGUUCACGGCGACAUGGCCAAAGGAGGUCCGUAAAAUUGCAGCUGAUCUAUUGGUUAAUCCAGUUCAGGUUAACAUUGGGAAUGUUGACGAACUUGUUGCAAACAAGUCUAUAACACAGUACGUUGAAGUCUUGUCAUAUAUGGAGAAACAAAGGCGGCUAGACCAGAUCUUGAGAUCCCAAGAACCAGGAUCAAAAAUCAUAAUCUUCUGUGCAACAAAGAAAAUGUGUGACCAACUUGCUCGCAAUCUUACACGCCCAUUUGGAGCUGCUGCAAUUCAUGGUGAUAAAUCUCAGGGUGAGAGGGAUCAUGUAUUGAGCCAGUUCCGCACGGGUAAAUCCCCCGUUCUUGUCGCUACAGAUGUUGCUGCCCGGGGCUUGGAUGUCAAAGAUAUCAGGGUGGUGAUCAACUUUGACUUUCCUACCGGAGUAGAGGAUUAUGUACACAGAAUAGGAAGAACUGGUCGGGCUGGUGCGACUGGUGAGGCCUACACAUUUUUUUGUGACCAGGAUGCUAAGCAUGCUUCAGAUCUUAUUAAAAUUUUAGAAGGAGCAAAUCAGCAAGUGCCUACUGAACUACGUGAUAUGGCUUCUCGAGGUGGUGGUAUGGGAGGGGCUAGGCGUCAAUGGAGUUCUGGCCCAGGUGGACGUGAAGGAGGACGUGGGGGACGUUAUGAUUCCGGCUAUGGUGGAAGAGAUGGAGGAAGGGGUGGUUGGGGAGCACCAUCAUCGGAAAGAAGUGGACGUGAUUAUGAGUCGGAUUCACGUGACAGUGAUAGAUAUGGUCAUGGCUCUCGUGAUACCGACGCUCCACCGAGCUUCCACGCUCGUAGCUUCCAUGAAACAAUGAUGCAGGCUUCACAGAGACGUGGUCGAAGUCGGAGCAGAAGCCCGAAUAAAGGUUCAGGAUGGGGUGAUACAAAAAGCAGGGAACGCAGUCGCAGCCGUAGUGCUGAAAGAUUUGAUCAGGCUCCUCGUCAAGCCCCAGUGGGACGCAGUUUUCAUGAAAGCAUGAUGGGGCGCAGUGGAUCAUCCCCAGUGGCCUCAAAACACCGAUCACCCUCUUACUCUGAUAAUCGAUCUCCAUCAGCUGGUGAUUGCCAAAAGGGCUGGGAAAAAGAAAAAUCUCCACCUAGAUGGCAAGGUGAUGGGAAAUUUGGCAAUGAACCUCGUGCUUACAAUGGGGAGGAGGAAGAAGGUAUGAUUCCUGAAGACGUCGAAACAAGGGCCUAACUUGGCAUAUCUUAUAUUCUGUGUUAAUUUUGAUGUGUGUAGCUACCGUAGGAUUUGCAGGAAGAAAAAGGACCCUUUUUGCUUUGGUUCAACUAUCAUCAGUACUGCAUUUUUUGGUAAACAAUGUUCUCAGAUAGAAGCUCUUAGCGUAUUGAAAGUAGAUAGCUGAAAGUGGAAAGUUUUUGACUGAUGUAAAUGUAAACAGUGUGACAUCAAGCUCGGUUUAAUGGUACUAUAGCAAUCAUACAUUGCUAAGAAAAGCCCACUUUGAAGCGUUGUUUGUGUUGAUUCUCUUGAAUCCUGAUUGUUCAUUAGGUCUUUAGCAUGAGCUAAUUUCAGUAGUUCAGGCAUUACUUCGAAAGCCAUGAGCAAAACUUGGCUUUCUUUAUUUUUGUUUUUAAGUUAAAAAGGAGGUGCAAGAUGAGCACUUUAUUGCA